AUGUCAGUGUCCAAGUCAUUCUCAUACUUACUCCCAAGCUCCUGGGCUUUCACCUUCUGGAAAAACAACAGAUUAUGCUUUUGAGAUGGCUGUUUCAAAUAUUAGAUAUGGAGCAGGAGUUACAAAGGAAGUGGGAAUGGACCUACAGAACAUGGGUGCUAAAAAUGUUUGUUUGAUGACAGACAAGAACCUCUCCCAGCUCCCUCCUGUACGAAUAGUUAUGGAUUCUCUAGUGAAGAAUGGCAUAAACUUUAAGGUUUAUGAUAAUGUGAGGGUGGAACCAACCGAUAGAAGCUUCAUGGAAGCUAUUGAGUUUGCCAAAAAGGGAGCUUUUGAUGCCUACGUUGCUGUGGGUGGUGGCUCCACCAUGGACACCUGUAAAGCCGCUAAUCUGUAUGCAUCCAGCCCUCACUCUGAUUUCCUAGAUUAUGUCAGUGCCCCCAUUGGGAAGGGAAAGCCUGUGUCUGUGCCUCUUAAGCCUCUGAUUGCAGUCCCAACUACUUCAGGAACUGGGAGUGAAACUACCGGAGUUGCCAUUUUUGACUAUGAGCCUUUGAAAGUAAAAAUUGGCAUUGGUUCCCGAGCCAUCAAACCCACGCUGGGACUGAUUGACCCUCUGCACACCCUGCACAUGCCUGACCGGGUGGUCGCCAACAGUGGCUUCGAUGUGCUUUGCCAUGCCCUGGAGUCCUACACUGCCCUUCCCUACCACAUGCGGAGUCCCUGCCCUUCAAAUCCCAUCUCCCGGCCAGCCUACCAGGGCAGCAACCCAAUCAGUGACAUUUGGGCAGUCCACGCACUGCGGAUCGUCGCUAAGUAUCUGAAGAGGGCUGUCAGAAAUCCCGAUGAUCUUGAAGCAAGGUCCAGUAUGCACUUGGCAAGUGCUUUUGCUGGCAUUGGCUUUGGAAAUGCUGGUGUUCAUCUGUGCCAUGGAAUGUCUUACCCGAUUUCAGGCUUAGUGAAGACAUAUAAAGCAAAGGAGUAUAAUGUGGAUCACCCAUUGGUGCCUCAUGGCCUUUCUGUGGUGCUCACCUCCCCAGCGGUGUUCACUUUCACAGCCCAGAUGUUCCCUGAGCGGCACCUGGAGACGGCAGAAAUAUUGGGAGCCGACACCCGCACUGCCAGGAUGGCAGAUGCUGGGCCCAUUUUGGCAGACGCACUCCGGAAACUCCUACUCGAUCUGGAUGUGGAUGAUGGCCUAGCUGCCAUUGGCUACUCCAAGGCUGACAUCCCCGCAUUAGUGAAAGGAACACUGCCCCAGGAAAGGGUCACCAAACUUGCACCACGCCCGCAGUCAGAAGAGGAUCUGUCUGCCCUAUUUGAAGCUUCAAUGAAACUGUAUUAAUUUUCAUUUUCACUGAAAGAAUUGGCUGUGAUAGUUCUGAAAUCAGAAGUUGAUCUAGUCAGAGCUCCACACAUAACUUACCUGUUACCAGUUUGAAUGUGAUAUAAAUUUAUCCUGCAGAAGAUUCCAUGAUGCUCAAAAGUCAAGCUACUUCCAUAAUACAGGUUAGACAAAUGCCCAAAAGUAUUGGAUCCUGGUUUGUGUUCCUUCCCUAUAUUCUGAAGACUGUCCCUGCUUCAUGUAUCAAUUGGGUAAAAGUUCAGUAUCAAAAAUAUCAAUGUGCAUAUCCUAUGUGCAGUAAUCCAUGUCUAGAAAUUUAUACUAUAAAAGUACUAGCAUGAAUGUGUAAAGAAAUAUGGCAAAAAUGUUUCUGGCAGCAUUUUUUUCUAACAAAAAAAUUUGAAAGAACCUAAAUAUUCAUUAAUAAUAUAUUGGUAAAUAAAUUACAGUAUAUUAAAUAAUAGAAUGCUAUUGUGUUAUUAAUAAGAAUGAAGUAAAAUGAUUGGAAAUAUGUUCAUGAUAUACUGCUAAGUUGGAAAAAAGUAAGUUGCUGAACAAUUAUAUAUUAGUAUGGUUUGGUUUUUAUGUUUUUAAUUACAUGUAAAUAUAUGUUUAUAUGUACAUAGGAAAAAAGGAUGCACAUCAAAAUAUUAAAAGUUAUCACUGGAGAAAUGGAAUUUGAGGUAUAGAGACUUAAGAGAAAAUACUUUAUAUUUUAGACUUUCACUUUUUAUUUUAUGAAUGUCUAUAUUGUUUGGAUUUGUUACAACGAGCAAAGAAGUAAUUUUAAAGGAGGGGGGAGAAAAGAAAGAAAAAUACCAUGUUUCUGUUCUAGGUCAGAUUCAUCUUGUUUUAUGAAAAUACUAGUAACUAAUAUUUAAAAGGUAAAAACAAAUACAAAGGGAUAAAAUAUUAGAGACUGAUCUUCUGCCAAAGAAAAUGUUCUUUUGAGAAAAACGCUAACUUUUUUUUAAUUGAGGCAGCAUUGGUCAGUAACAUUACAUAAGCUUCCGGUGUACAGCGUUACAAUUAUAUAUCUGUGUACACUAUAGCUUGCUCGCUACCCAAAGUCUAGUUUCCAUCUGUCACCAGGCAUUUGAACUGCUUUAAUUUUGCUCUCCUCCAUUUUUCCCUCUAGUAACCACCAAUCUGCAGUCUAUAUCCAUGAAUUUGUUUUUUGUCUUGUUUUGGUUUGUUUGUUUGUUGUUUUAUAUUCCCCAUAUGAGUGAAAUCAUAUUGUUUUUGUCCUUUUCCCGCUGACAUAUUUCACUUAGCAUCCAUGUUGUUGCACGUGGCACUAUUUCAACUUUUUUAUGGCUCGGUAGUAUUCCAUUGUAAAUACGUACCAAAUCUUUACCCAUUCAUCCGUCAAUGGACAUUUAAGAGUUUUCAUAUCUUAGCUAUUGUAAAUAAUCCUGCAAUGAACAUAGGGGUGCACAUAACUUUUCAAAUUAGAAAACACUAACAUUUUACAUGGUAAUUCCCUCUUUGGAAAAUGUUCCUGGUGUUCAGAAUAAGUUAAUCCAAGAGCAAGCAGUUUUGUAGUUUGCAGAUGGUAGCCUUGCAUACGGAAUCUAAGGAGCGUGAUGGUCUGCCUCCCUGUUAUUCCCGACCUGCAGAAACUUCUACAGCUCAUUUUUCCCCACAAGGGUUCCCACACUGAGAUCUGUCUGCUCAAGCUUUGGGGUCUAGAUCCCAGUGUAUGUGUGGAAUUAUUUGCAUUUUAAAUUGAAUUAAAGUUUUAAUCACC